AGAUAUUUGGAACUAUUCAUGGUAACGAGGUUAGUUGCAUACCGAAAGGCGUGAUACGGUCUCAAGCCGGGGUUAGGAAUCCAAAAAUUAGAAAAAGUAGAAAUUGCACGCUGUGCUUGAAAGAUUUUUAUUUAUUUGCAAAAUACAUUUUUCAAAAUUUUUACCAUGGCUGCGACAAUGCCCGUAAAUCCCAAACCAUUUCUAAAUGGUUUAACUGGAAAACCAGUGAUGGUGAAAUUAAAGUGGGGUCAUGAGUAUAAAGGUUACUUAGUUUCAGUGGAUGGAUAUAUGAAUUUACAGUUAGCAAAUACUGAAGAACAUAUAGAUGGUAAUUGCACUGGAAAUCUCGGAGAAGUAUUAAUCAGAUGCAAUAAUGUCAUGUAUAUAAGAGGAGUGGAAGAAUCGGAUGAAGAAGGCGAGAUGAAGGACUAACUGUAAUAAUUGUAAUAAAUAUUUAAUCCAAUCUAAAGCUAAAUGUGUAGAUUAAUCUUAUACUAUUAAGUGCGUUAACUUAAUUCAAAACACAAAAAUAAUUUUGACAAAUUAAUAAAACAUUUUUUUACAAUAAAA